UAUAUCACCGAUUUAGAAAAUCAAUUAAAUACACGCGGUGGAAGGCGAAUUGUUCCCGGUAACCCUAGAGAUGAGAGGUUCGCGAAGAAAGAAGUUCCAAAUCAGAAGGCUAAUGAAGAAAACUCCGGCGUCGGAAUCACCACCGCCGCCACCAUGGAUCGAAUUGCCCACAGAAUUGACGUUGAAUAUCCUGAACAGGCUGGGAGUGGUAGAGUUACUGGAGAGUGCACAGAAAGUGUGUACUACCUGGCGGAGUGUGUGCAAGGAUUCCUCUUUGUGGCGAGUCAUUGACAUGAAAUUCCCCCAACAUCGCUACGAUAUGCCCUACUUCAACAUGUCCUGUGACAUCGAUAUGUGCCGCGAUGCAGUGGAUCGCAGCCGGGGUGAGCUGAUCGACAUCAACAUCGAGUAUUUCUGCACCGAUGAAUUGCUGGAGCACAUUUCCGAACGAUCAAGUCAUCUCAAACGUCUUAGGCUAGCAUGCUGCGAUGGUAUAUCAAGUCAUUGCUUCAGAGAAUCAGUUAAAAAAUUCCCGGAGCUGGAAGAGCUCCACCUCUUUUUCAUGCCAUCAAUCUUGUACGAAGAUAUCGAAGCGAUCGGCAUUUCUUGCCCUAAUCUGAAAUCAUUCACAUUCAACGAUCGUGGCUACAAGCUUCCCCUCGUAGAUGUCAACAACAAUUACGCAUUCGCCAUUGCAAAAAGCAUGCCUAAUCUCCACCACCUCCGACUCUUUGGAAAUAGGCUGACUGAUGAAGGAAUGCAAGCCAUACUCGACGGCUGUCCACACCUCGAAUCGCUCGAUCUCCGGCAGUGCUAUAAAGUUGAGCUAGGAGGGGAUCUUGGCAAAAGAUGCUCUGAUCGGAUAAAAUACCUGAAACAGCGCUAUGACAGCACCAGUGACUACGAGUGGGAUGCUGACGUAUAUUUCGACGAGAAUGACCAUGCGAACCCUUCCAAUUAUGAUGACCCGUUUGGUAAUAACUAUGUUUAUUCUAUGGGACCUUUCGAUGACUACACUGACCCUUUCAAUAACGAUGACUUUCUGUUCGGGUAUGAGGAUAUUUUUCCAAUCGGGCUUUCUGAUGACCGCAACCCUUUCGGCAAUGAUUACUUUUCCGAUGAUGAAGAUUUCUUGUUCUGGUUAUACGUUUAGGGCAGCUGGACGGAAGAUUUUACGGGUUUUCGGUGCUGGUUGAUAUAUUUCAACUUUACUACUGUGAGACUCUCUUAACUAUUUCCGUUUUGGUUUUUGAUUUUUUUUAAUUUAUUAUUACUUUAUCUAUCUGGCUACAUAUGAAUUUUGGUGAAUACUUUAUUUAUUUAUACUUUAUCUAUCUUUAUUUAAA